CGAUUCUUUUUUCUCUAAUUUAUUUUUCAAUCAGUUUCAUUACUUUAGAUUACUCAGAUUUAUUUAACUUCUGGUCUAAUACCGGUUUAGGAAUACUCUAAUCUGGCAGCAUUAGGUUGGUAAUUAAAAUUAAACCAAAAAAAUGCAAAUUUUUAUGAAUAUUACCAACGUUAGGACAAUUUUACGCAAAACUACGUGUCCUUUAAUUCAGAAAUUGAUUCGUUUUUUUAGUUUAUCACACGUUCAAGCGAUGAAAUAUUUAAAUCAAAUGGAGGCCACGAAUGUGGAUGUAGAACUCUUUAAUGUUUACAAGUUCAGUGUCGACCAGUUAAUGGAAUUGGCUGGAUUAAGUUGUUCCCACGCCGUCGCCAAGUGUUUUGAUGUCUGCAAGCAUUCGCGUGUAUUGGUUUGUUGUGGUCCAGGUAAUAAUGGCGGUGACGGCUUAGUUUGCGCCCGUCACUUAUCCCUGAUGGGAUAUAAACCACACAUUUAUUAUCCCAAGCGGACUCCAAAUGUAUUAUAUGAAAAUUUAAUGCAUCAGUGUAAAUCAAUGAAUAUUCCACUUAUUGAGAAAUGCCCUGAAGAAAAAGAAGUGGCUAAUUGUUUUGAUUUAAUCAUAGAUGCGUUGUUUGGUUUUAGCUUUAAACCUCCUGUAAGAAGUGAUUUUAUACCGAUUAUUGACGUUUUGCAAAAAACCAAAAUACCGAUAGCGAGUGUCGAUAUACCAAGCGGUUGGCAUGUUGAAAAUGGUAAAAGUACGGAUUGCGAUUUCGAGCCAACGUUGUUAAUAUCUCUGACGGCCCCCAAGCAUUGUGCUAAGUUCUUUAAGGGGACUUACCACUAUUUGGGAGGACGUUUUGUUCCUCCGUCUUUAAAAGAGAAGUACCAACUGGAUUUACCCGAUUAUCCUGGAACUGAGACAUGUGUUAAAUUAUAAUUCAGUGUAAAUUCAAUUUUUAUUUUUUUAUUUCAUAAACAUAAACAAAAAAUGA